UUUAUUUCUUUUUCUAUUUUGCCUUCAACCAGGGGAUUAACGAGGAGAAUAAGUUGAAAAGAACGUUGAAAAGGGCAGUGAUGAAGGAUCAUAAGACUGUCAUCAUAACUACAGUAAAUGCAGCAUGGACAGAACCAAACUCCAUAUUUGAUCUUUUCAUGGAGAGCUUCAGAAUUGGGACUCAAACACAAAGUCUUUUGAAACAUCUGGUUGUUGUGGCUUUGGACCAAAAGGCCUACUCUCGUUGCUUGGACGUACAUCCUCACUGUUUUGCCCUCACCACAGCUGGAGUCGACUUCUCUGGCCAGGCGUUCUUCAUGAGUGCCGAUUAUUUGAAGAUGAUGUGGAGACGGAUUGAUUUUCUGCGGUCUGUUCUUGAUAUGGGAUACAAUUUUAUUUUUUCGGAUGCUGAUAUAAUGUGGCUGAGGGAUCCAUUUCCAAUAUUCUACCCGGAUGGCGACUUCCAAAUCGCUUGCGAUACAUACAAGUAUGACUCGACAGAUUUGCGCAACUUGCCAAAUGGAGGCUUCACCUAUGUCAAAUCAAACAAUCGGACCAUCCAGUUCUACAAGUUCUGGUACAAUGGAAAGGACUAUUUCCCUGGAAUACAUGAUCAAGAUGUGUUUAACAGGAUAAAGUUCAACCCUCUUAUCGUGGAAAUCGGGUUGGAGAUCAGGUUCCUGGACACUGCUUAUUUUGGUGGGUUCUGUCAACCCAGCAAGGAUCUUGAUCUGGUGGUCACAAUGCAUGCAAAUUGCUGUAUCGGAUUGGAAAACAAGAUCCAUGAUAUUAAAAUGGUGAUUGAGGAUUGGAAGAGCUAUAUGGGAUUAAUGGCUGUUAAGGGUCGAAAGAAUUUGAGUAACAGGACGUGGACUGCUCCAUGGAGGUGUGGUAUGAAAAAUUCCAAGAACCGAAGAAUUGCACCUUUCAGAUCUUUCAAUGUAAAUUAGUAUUGCAUCUUGAACUGUAUUUUACCUAUAUGUG